AUGCCCCAGUACGGUGACGUCGUAACGGGCCCCUCGGGCGGCCGCGACAACGACCGCGCAGCCUUGAUGGCCGAGGAUGGCCGGGUCAUCGCCGUGACCGUGCCACCGACGUACGGCGAGGUUGCGACGCCGACGCCGCCGGAAGAGCAGGCGCGCCAGCGCGCCGAAGACGCUGCGACCCGCGAAGAGGCGGCCGGCGACCUCAUGCAUGGCGUCAACUCGUUCUGGGCCGUGCUCUGGCCUGUCUGUGUGACCAUGGUCAUCGCCAGCGUUGCCGUCGUCAACUUUCGAAGCGCCGCGUUGCAGGCGUCGAUGAGUACGUACCUCGUGUACAACGAAGUCCAAGGCGCCAAGACGGGCACGGUUGUCGGCCACUCGCUCGUGAACGCGCUUGUUGUCAUUGGGUUUGUGACCGUGCUCACCUUUUGCAUGGCGCUCCUCUACAAGUUCAACUGCAUGAAGCUGCUCGUGGGCUACAUUAUGUUUUCGUCGUCGGCGAUCCUCGGCUUUGAGGGCGGCCAGCUCGUCGACACAGUGUUCAACGACCGCCUUCACUGGCCGCUCGACUGGAUCUCCUUUCUCUUUAUCAUGGUCAACUUUGCGUUCGUGGGCGUCGCCGCCAUCUUCUACCAAAAGGGCAUCCCAAAGCUCGUGCAGAACGCCUAUCUCGUGCUCGUGAGUGUCAUCCUCGCGUGGCAGUUCUCCAUGUGGCCCGAGUGGACAACGUGGAUCUUUUGUUUUAUGUUUGCCUGCUACGAUCUCUGCGCGGUGCUGACCCCGUGCGGCCCCCUCAAAGUGCUUAUUGGCCUCAUUGAGCAAAAGCAAGCGCCUAUGCCGGGUUUGCUCUACGAAGCUCAGAUCCGCGACGGUGUCGGCAACCGCCGCCAGCAGCAGCACCAACAAGAAGAUGAGCAACAACAGCAGCAGCAGCAGCAACGACAACAACCACAACCACAGCAGCGUCCGCCGCAGCCACCGGCGCCCGUCAAGUCGACGCCCGCACCACCCGCUGCACGCCAGCCUGCAGCCGAGCCCUCGACAGCGUCGUAUACGAUCGAGCUCUCGACGUCGCAUGCCGACCAUGUCGUCGACGACACGCCAUUCGAAUCGUAUCCGUGCGAGACGGAGGCCGAGUUUGAAGCGCUCCUCGGCGCCUUCUACCAGCGCUAUAGCCCCAACGACGUGUGGAAGGUCGAGCAGGUCGCGGCCAAAUUCUUCCUCAAGCAAGACCGCAUGUGGCCGUCGAUGUUUCACAAGUACCUCGUGUGCUCGUGCGGCACGGCCAGCACGCCCUGCGACGUCCAAAUGGCCAUCGACAUUCGCAACGCGCGCCGUGAAGAGCGGGCGGCCGAAGCCGAAGACGACAAUACGAUCAAGCUCGGUCUCGGCGACUUUAUCUUUUACUCGGUGCUCGUCGGGCGCGCGGCCAUGUACGACUUUUCCACAUUUGUCGUGUGCUUUCUCUGUAUCCUCAUGGGGCUCGGCGGUACGCUCUUUCUUCUCUCGGUGCUGCACAAGGCGCUGCCGGCGCUCCCGAUCUCGAUCUUUCUCUCGGUUGCGUUUUACUUUUGGUCGCGCGCCACGUUUGUCGACUUCUGCAACUUUGUGACGGUCCUUCCGUCCGCGCUGUAG